GAGAUCAUAUCGCGCAAGGAGCUAGAUCAGAAGGGUGGAGCUAGGUGGCUGGCGGCCAUCUAUUUCAAAAACAGCAUUAACAGAUACUGGCGGGCGAGACGAGAGACACAGGGCAUAUCAGACGAGGAGAAGCCAGUGCUGAGAGCGCGGCUGUUGGAGCUAGUAGCAGACGAGAACAGCCAGGUGGCCGUGCAGCUGGCCGUGCUGAUUGCUAAGAUCGCCCGCAUCGACUACCCCAGGGAAUGGUCCGAGCUAUUCCCCACGCUCCUGCAGAAGCUGCAGAGUCAGGACCCUCUGCUCACACAGCGUGCCUAUAUGGUUCUUAAUCACGUACUUAAAGAACUCUCAACCAAGCGCCUGAGUGUGGACCAACGCACCUUUUCUCAGGUGACCAGCCAGCUGUUUGAGCCCACCUGGGCGCACUGGGUGAGAGACACAGGGUCACUGCUGCAGGGCCUAACCGCCCUUGAGGCUGGAGGGUCAGACCCAGCAGCAGCAGCAGCAGGGGCAGGGGCAGCAGGAGGGGCGCUGAUGCUGCUGUGUGAGCGGUGGCUGCUGUGUGUGAAGACUCUUCGUCGCAUGCUCGUGUUUGGCUUCCCUUCUGAUUUCAAAUCCGUUCAGGAGGUUCCGGUACUGGAACAAGUGGUGCCCGCAUUUCUUGAAGCAGCGCAAUCGCUUCUCAACUUCCGCAAUCUCUCCCAGCAGCGCCCAGCCCUGCAACCCCUGCACACCUUCCUCUCCCGCGCCUCAGUCAAGCUACUCAAAACGCUCGUCGCCUCCCACGAGCUGCACCCCUUCUCAUUCGCCUCCAAAAACGUCCUCCUGCCCACCCUCGACUUCUGCUACACACAGAUCACCACCACCAACCCCACCGCCUCCUCCCCCUCCCCAUCCCUCUCCACCCCUCUUGCUGCUGCUACCAGUCCACAAACCCCCGCAACCGCCGCCGCCGCCGCUGCUGCGGCUACUGAUGCGUCCGCCUCCUCUUCAGCUUCCAGCCACGGCCUGUUUCUGAUAGAGUGUAUGCUGUUUCUGCAGAGUGUGCUGCGAUGUGUGGCAUACAAGCAGAACCCCACGGGGCAUGUGGUGGGGGCGGCAGUGGCAUCUGCUGAGGAGAUGAGGGGGAAGCUGUCAGGCAUGGCCCGGCAGCAGCUGCAGGGGUUCUUCUCGCAGGAGAAAGUGGUUACUCUGGGGGAGAGCUCGUGCAACGGCAUGGCGCGGCAGCAGCUGCAGGCGUUCUUCUCGCGGGAGGAAGUGGUUACGCUAACACUGAGACGCGUGCUCGUGCAACGCUACCUGGUGCUGACAGCAGGGGACUUAGAGGAGUGGGGGGCGGAUCCAGAGGUGUUUUAUCACGAGCAGGGCGCCGUGCAGUGGAAGGACAAGCUGCAGCUGUGCCAGUCCUCUCUUUUCCACCUCUCCCUCUUUCUCGCCCUGCCCGAUUCCCUCCUCUGUCUCUUCUCGCAGCUACUUGGUGCUGACAGCAGCGGAUUUAGAGGAGUGGGGGGCGGACCCAGAGCGGAUUUAGAGGAGUGGGGGGCGGAUCCAGAGGUGUUCUAUGACGAGCAGGGCACCGUGCACUACCUGGUGUUGACAGCAGGGGACUUAGAGGAGUCGGGGGCGGACCCAGAGGUGUUCUAUCACGAGCAGGGCGCAGUGCAGUGGAAGGACAAGCUGCGACCCUCCUCGUACCCUCUCCAUCUCUCCCUCUCAUCAUCUGUUUCCCUCCCCUGUCUCGCUGACAGCUAUCUGGUGCUGACAGCAGGGGAUUUAGAAGAGUGGGGUUUGGACCCAGAGGUGUUCUAUCACGAGCAGGGCGCCGUGCAGUGGAAGGACAAGCUGCGACCGUGUGCUGAGGCGCUGCUGUUGUUGUUGUUUGAGCAAUUCAAGGAGGUGCUCUCCCCAGCCCUCAUGAACAUGCUACGGCAGUGCAUAGAGGCAUGCCCCCCGCCUGCUUCCCCUGAUGCCGACGUGCCUGUCACCCCGGCUCUGCUACUCAAGGACGCAUGCUAUGAUGCCGUGGGGGUGGCGUGUUAUGAUCUGCACGAUGUUGUGGACUUCAAGACAUGGUUCACCACAGCACUCCUCCCAGACAUGGCAUGCCGCCACCCCAACGCGCGGAUCCUGCGCAGGCGGGCAGCAUGGAUGGUGGGGCAGUGGGUGGGCAAGGUGGAGGGAGAUCUCUGUGUGCCAGCCUACCAGGCGCUCAUUUCCCUGCUGCCAGAUGAAGACCUCGUGGUCCAGCUCACAGCAGUGUCCUCUCUCCGCACGCUCAUUGACGACGUGCAUUUCUAUGAGGACCAAUUCGCUCCUUUUCUCGACACGGCAGUGCAGCUGCUCUUCCGAUGCCUGCAGCAGGUAUCGGAGUUUGAUUCGCAGCUGCAGAUAGUGAACGUGGUUUCGCUCAUCAUAGAGCGCAUGGGGGAAAAGAUUGUGUCGGAGUUUGAUUCGCAGCUGCAGAUAGUGAACGUGGUCUCGCUCAUCAUAGAGCGCAUGGGGGAGAAGAUCGUUCCUCUGGCCGACAAGAUCCUCUCGUGCUUGCCUCAGGUGUGGGAGCAAUCAGAGGGGCAGCCGCUGCUACGCAUUCAAGUCAUGCAGGCGUUGCAACGCCUCAUCGUGUCGCUCGGCCCGCAGUCUCCGAUCUCCUACCCGCUGCUCUUCCCCAUCCUGCGCUACAGCACCGACAUCUCCCAGCCUGAUGAACUCAAUAUGCUGGAGGACGGGCUUCAGCUAUGGCAAGCCACACUGCGCCAUGCACCAGCCAUGGUACCGGAAUUCAUGACUCUCUUCGCCAACCUCGUGCCCAUCAUGGACCGCAGCUUUGAGCACCUGCCGGUGGCCACAGCAAUCAUGGAGAGCUAUGUGCUGGUGGGCGGGCCGGCGUUCCUGCAGCAGCACGCAGGGAGCCUCGUGUCAAUGAUUGAUGCGGUGGUGGGGAAUGUGAAGGAGAAGGCGAUGCUGCUGGUGGCGGGGCUUGUAGACCUCAUCAUCCAGUGUUAUCCAUCAGAGGCCCCUCCUGCUCUCGAGUCCGUCCUUCAGAAACUGCUGCUGAUAAUCAUCGGACCAACAGAAUACUCUGACCUCGUUAGAGGCACAUGCGCCACAGUGCUCGCACGGGUGGUGCUACAGAACAGCUCCUACUUCGCCCAGUUCAUAUCCGCCGACUCGACUCGCCACCUGCUGCAGCAGCAGUCAGCAGCAAAGGGCAACGCCCCUCCCCUUGCGCUAUUCCUGGAUGCUUGGUUGGAUAAGGUGGACUCUGUCUCAGUUCCAGCGAAGCGGAAACUUUCCACUCUGGCCCUGGCAGUGCUGCUGACGAUGCCUGAGCCACAGAUACUGGAGAGACUCGACCUCAUUCUCUCCGUCUGCACGGGCUCUCUUGGGGAGGACAAUCCCGACAACACGCCGUUGCUGCCAGACAUCUCCACCGUUGGCUACGACUAUGCAUCGGUAUCAGACUCGAUUCAGGGAGGGGAAGGUGCUCCCGUGGAGUGUGAGGCUCUGAGGCGGCGCCAAGUAGCAUCCAUAGACCCCGUGCACCGGGUAGCAGUGGGGCCGUUCUUAAAGGAGAAGCUGCAGGCGUGUGUGGCUGUGCAUGGGGAGCAGCAAUUCCAAGCCGCCAUGGCCCGCGUUCCCCCGCCUAUUGUGUCUCAGUUGCAGCAGCUCUAG